CAUAUGUUUCUGGUAGGUGUGUGUAUUUUUACAGCCAUUUUGGAAAACAAUUUGGCCAUAUAUUCCAAAGGUGAUCAUACACCCUCUGACCCUCUGACCCAGCUGUUCCUAGGUAUACACCCAACAGAAAUUCAUAUGUUCACCAAACGACACAAAUGGACAAGAAGCCAGAUCAGUGCAUAGUCUCUACAAGGAAGAUAAUGGACUGUAAAAUUCUAUAAAGCAAAGCUACACAUCACUUGACACGAAACACCAUCUUGGUUACAUAAUGAAGAGAGAUGGAAAACUUGAUGACUAGCUCCACCCUACCGCCCCUUUUUGCAGAUGAAGAUGGUUCCAAGGAGAGUAAUGAUCUGGCUACCACUGGGUUAAAUCACCCAGAGGUUCCGUACAGUAGUGGCGCCACAUCAUCCACCAACAAUCCAGAAUUUGUGGAGGAUCUCUCCCAAGGUCAGUUGCUUCAGAGUGAGUCUUCAAAUGCAGCAGAAGGCAAUGAACAGAGGCAUGAAGAUGAGCAACGAAGUAAAAGAGGAGGUUGGUCCAAAGGAAGAAAGAGGAAGAAACCUCUUCGAGACAGCAAUGCACCCAAAUCCCCCCUUACAGGAUAUGUUCGGUUCAUGAAUGAGCGUCGAGAACAACUUCGAGCAAAGAGACCAGAAGUCCCAUUUCCAGAAAUCACAAGGAUGUUAGGCAAUGAAUGGAGUAAACUGCCUCCUGAGGAAAAACAGCGCUACCUUGAUGAAGCAGACAGAGAUAAGGAGCGUUACAUGAAGGAACUGGAACAGUAUCAGAAAACAGAGGCCUACAAGGUCUUCAGUAGGAAAACCCAGGACCGUCAGAAAGGCAAAUCUCAUAGACAAGAUGCAGCCCGGCAAGCCACUCAUGAUCAUGAGAAAGAAACAGAGGUAAAGGAACGGUCUGUUUUUGACAUCCCUAUAUUUACAGAGGAAUUCUUGAACCAUAGCAAAGCUCGGGAAGCAGAGCUCCGCCAGCUUCGCAAAUCCAACAUGGAGUUUGAGGAGAGGAAUGCAGCCCUGCAAAAGCACGUGGAGAGCAUGCGCACAGCAGUGGAGAAGCUGGAGGUGGAUGUGAUCCAGGAGCGGAGCCGCAACACAGUCUUACAGCAGCACCUGGAGACCCUGCGGCAGGUGCUGACCAGCAGCUUUGCCAGCAUGCCCUUGCCUGGAAGUGGAGAGACACCUACAGUGGACACCAUUGACUCAUAUAUGAACAGACUGCACAGUAUUAUUUUAGCUAAUCCCCAAGACAAUGAAAACUUCAUAGCUACAGUUCGAGAAGUUGUGAACAGACUUGAUCGUUAGGGAAUGCCACUGAGGAUCUCAUGGUCUACAUGGGUUUCAUCCACAUCUGUGUUCCCAGUGCCCAGCACAGAGCAAGUCCCAUAGCAGGUAUUUACUGAAUGCUUGUUGAAUGAAUGGUGAACGAGUUGACCCUUUGCAUGACAUGGCAUCCAGUAUCUGUGACCUGGAGAUAGUGAUGAGAAUAUUGCUUCACAAACGGCAGUUCGAGGGAUUCUAUGGCAGCAUUUUAUUUAAAAGCGUAAAUGCUGCUGAAUGGAUGCCAUGCUUCUGCUUGUCAGGGGGAGGAAAACAGAGGAUUCCAGAAAAUUGCCUCUAAUUUGAGCACAAUUUCACUCUUUCUGUUGACAUCUCCUGGUGUACUUUGAAAAGACUGCAAUUCUGUACCUUUAGCCAGGAACAUCCAGUCGGGGAGAUCACCAGAGCAGCUCUGUGGGCGACGCAUUUGGGGGCCCAGGCCUUAGAGCUGCAUGUCAUGGGGCAAACGGACAGUGGGCUCAGAUGACCCUUCCCCUCCCACCCAGCUUCCUAGACACACUUCGCAUACACUCUGCCUGGGGCAGCAGAAAAGGCUCAGGUUUCGCAAACAGACUCAUUUACUAUGUGGAUAAUUUAGUCUGCCCAAGCCUCUAUUUCUUCUUCUGUAAAAUGGGGAGAAUGCCUUCCUAAUAGGGUUGCUACAAACAGUGAAUGAAAUAUUGAAUGUUGGAUACUUAAUACAAUGCCUGUCAUUAGCAGAUGUUAAAAAAAAUCCCUCCCCUCCUAUCCCUAUGUUCACUCUCAUCAACACUAGCCUGGCCCCUGCCUCUGGAAACAAACCUCUCUAAGGGUCUUGGGCUGAGCAGCUGAUCCCAUCAAGGAUGGAGCUGGCACCCAGAGUUUUCACUUUGUGAGGAUCUCUUGGAGCAGGAAAAGUCUUUGGUUCAAUAAGGAAGAGAGUUAAAAUAGUGGAAGCCAGUGGGGGAGCUGGUGGGGGAGGCUCUGUGAGCUGGGGACUUUCUAAAGGUGAGCAUCUGGGAUCAGCUGUGAUUCUAUCAUGCCUGCACCAACCCCUCUCAUAAACACCAGUGGUCAUUAUGCACUGGAUAAAAUCCCAGCCUUUCAGUCAAGUUUUCAAGCCUUGGUGAUCUAGCCCACCUGCCUUCAUUCAUUCACUCCACAAACAUGCCCCAGGUCCCCAUCUCCACAUCUGUAUGCAGGCUGGUCCCUAGACCUGUGACACCUUCCCUCACUCUUACCUACAUAACUCACCAGCCCUUCAUGUUAGAAACCAUCUGUGCCCCUCCAGAACUUGGUCCACAGUUGUUUAUGCUUGUGCCUUAGCUUCCCCAUGGGCUCUGGGCAUCUGUAGUCAGGGUCCACAACCGAGCCAUCCUGAGGACACCCAGGCAGAGCCUUGCCUCUUGCUUUGCACAACACCAUGGCUCAGUGUCUUCUUGGAGUGAAUAAGUGACUGGGCUUCUCUACACUCAAGUCAUUCCCAUCUCAGAACAGUCCAGGUGCACUGAAGGAUGGAAAGGUGGGAGCACACUCCUCCCACAGGCUCUCCAAAGGGAUUUGAGAGUGCUGUACUUUCUUUGCCACACAGGCACGUGGCAGCUAUUUGCAUGUCUAUCUGGCAUCAUAAGUACACAAAGAUGGUUUGUCUAUUUCCCAUCUGCUAACCUGCUUGGAUGACCUCCUCCUCAGCACAGCACACAAGAGCACUAAAGUGCCCCAGGGAUGCUGCAGGCAAUGUCUAUACCCCAUUUCCUUUUAGAAACCAGCCAGGUCACGCAGCAAUAGAGCAAGCCAAAUGCAAAUGGCCACCUCCUGGGUCCAUCCAUUGUCCCUUCUGGCCUAGAUCCUGCCUCAGUGAUAUAGAAAAAAAGAUGAAGGUAAUCUGGAAGAGGAAGCCCUGAGAUGCUGUCAAAGGAGGAAAAAGAUCCAGGGUAGAAGCAGGGGAGAAGACUGGCAUGUGGGCAACAAACCCUGUCUUCUAAAAAGACCUGUGCCCUUGAAGUAGGGAGACAGGCCUGGAAGAAAGUCCUGGAGCUCCACCAACUCCAACACCAGUGUGCGCCUACUGCAAAUGCAGGCCAAGGGUUAUUGUUCCCACUUACAGAUGAGAAAACUCAGACAGAUCAUGCUAUGGUCUGAAUGCUGGUGUCCCUCCAAUAUUCACAUGUUGGAACUUGAUCCCCAAUGUGAUAGUAUUGAGAGGUGGGGCCUUUUGGAAGUAAUCGAGUCCUGAAGGCUCUGCCCUUAUGAAUGGGAUUAUGUCCUUAUAAAAGAGGCUCAAGUGAGCUCCCUGGCCUCUUCUGACACGUAAGAACACAGCAACGAGACGCCAUCUAUGGAGCAGAGGGCAAACCCUUACCGGACACCACAUCUGCUGGGGCCUUGAUCUUGGACUUCCCAGCUUUCAGAACUGCAAGCAAAAAAAUUCUGUUGUUUAUAAAUUACCCAAUCUAAAGUAUUUUGUUGUCAUGGCAGGAAAUGACUGACAGGUCAGUGUCACAUAACUCACCCAAUCAGAGUGGGCAGGGUAAGGUCUUCUGAUUCCAAGGCCAGAGCCAAGGGGACUAGUUUGUUAGUGAUCCUGGGAAAAAGUGCUAUUUGCUCAUCCAGGAAAUACAGAUUAAAACCCCAGUACAUGGGGCUGGGCACAGUGGCUCAUGCCUGUAAUCCCAGCACUUUGGGAGGCUAAGGCAGGCGGAUCACAAGGUCAGGAGAUCGAGACCAUCCUGGCUAACAUGGUGAAACCCCGUCUCUACUAAAACUACAAAAAAUUAGCCAGGCGUGGUGGUGGGCGCCUGUAGUCCCAGCUACUCAGGAGGCUGAGGCAGGAGAAUGGCGUGAACCCGGGAGUUGGAGGUUGCAGUGAGCCGAGAUCGUGCCACUGCACUCCAGCCUGGGCGACAGAGUGAGACUCCGUCUCAAAAAAUAAAAAGAAAUAAAAAUAAUAAUAAAACCCCAGUACAACACACACCCUCAGGAUGGCUAAAAUGAGUAAGAGAGUUUUAAAAAAUUUGAUGUUGGUGAGGAUGUGCAGUAACUGUAACUGCUUUACAUGGCUGGUAAGAAUGCAAACUGGUAUAUCAACACUGCAAAAGUGUCUAAUGACGCCUACCAAAGCUAACCAUAUGCAGACCCUAUAACCCAGCAAUUACAUUUCUAGGUACCAAAAGCAUUCUAGGUACUAGAAUUUUCUUUUUUUCUUUUUUUUUUUGAGACGGAGUCUCGGUCUGUCGCCGAGGCUGGAGUGCAGUGGCCCGAUCUAGGCUCACUGCAAGCUCCGCCUCUGAGCCUAGCCAGAAAAACGUAGUUGAUAAAAAUAUUGUGGUACAAGGCCGAGCAUGGUGGCUCACACCUGUAAUCUCAACGCUUUGGGAGGCCGAGGCGGGUGGAUCACGAGGUCAAGAGAUCGAGACCAUCCUGGACAACAUGGUGAAACCUCGUCUCUACUAAAAUUACAAAAUAACUGGGCGUGGUGGUGUGCACCUGUAGUCCCAGCUUCUUGGGAGGCUGAGGCAGGAGAAUCGCUUGAACCUGGGAGACAGAAGUUGCAGUGAGUCGAGAUCACGCCACUGCACUCCAGCCUAGAGGACAAAGCGAGACUCUGUCUCAAAAAAAUACAUAAAUAAAUAAAUAAUAUAUAUAUAGUCAUAUAAUUAUAGAAUAUGAAUGAGCAAGCUAUAAUUACACAUAGCCAUGGAUAAAUGUCACAAACAUAAUGCUGAGCAAAAUGAGUCAGACACCAAAGAGCAAAUAUUAUAAGAACCCAUUUAUACAGCUUUCAAACCAGACAUUCAUCAAUGGUGUUACAAGUCAGGAUAGCGGGGUCCCUUAAUGUGGGUAGUGACUGCAAGGGACAAGAAAGGACUUUGGUGGUGCUGGUUGCCUGAGGGUGCUACAGUCAUGUGGUGGUGGUUACAUUUUUCACGAAGUGAGAAAUCUCAAGCCAUACGCUUAUGACUUGUACAUUAUGAUUUCGCUAUGUAUGCUAUUCAAUAAAAACGUAAGCUUACAAAAAUUAAGGACAAUCUCUACUAAUGGAGACAGAGUGAAUCCAGGAUGAAUUGUUAAGUUUAAAAUAUUGAAGUGCAAAACUAUAACUCUAGAAUGCUACUUUGUGUGUAAGAAAGAAGGGGAAAUAAGAAAUUAUUACCCUUUUAUAUAUUAUGGAAGGAGGAAUGUAUAAAUUUCUAUAUGUAAAUAUAUAUUAUAGAAGAUUGUUUUUGCAAAAAGAAACACAGGAAGGAUAAACGAAUGAGAUCAGUUACCUACAAAGGUAGUGUGGGAAUGGAGUGGAAGGGAUAUGAGCAGAGAGCUAUUUUUUCUGAGUAUAAAUGUUUUGUAUAGUGUUGGCUUUCAGAACCACAUCAGUGCUUUACCUGUUCAAACAACAACAAUAAUAAAGGACGGGGGAAGUCUCUAAAAUGUAAUACAAUCAGAAACAAACAAACCUAAUACAUUUCAAAUGAGUAACAACCACACUAAAAGGAGGGGAAAAUCUGACCCAAGGGCAUUUUAAACACACUAUUUUACUAUAUACGCCCAGACAAAAGAUAAAAAAGAUCUGCAAAAAUGUCAAACUCUAGUUAGCAGGUUUGUUUUUUGCAGCAGUAUGGUUUGGCCAUUCUGAAACCUCUAGGCUUCGGCACAUGAGUAGAUAUAAUGACAAUCACGGGGUCCAAGUUUCUCACUGUUGGAGAAGUGAGUUACAGGUAUUGGAAGGGAGAAGACAAGAAUGGACCCUUAGGUAUUAAAUUGAAAUUGGAGGUAACCGUACAAGCGCAUGGCUUUAUAUACAGAUGUUAAUAUAGAUAUGGUCAUGGAUAUUCUACCUCCCAGAUCAUUCUCUCCUAAAAUAAACAAGGUCAAGGGAUCCUUGGAGAAAUAGCUGAUUUCCAGGACAAGUACGUGAUGAACCUGAAAGUAAGAAAAUGCUCAAAGAAUGAUGGGGAAAUGUCAAAAAGACACAGGGGCCAGCUUGAAGGAGCUCCCACCGGCCAAACCUGGAACAAUUUGAGCACCAAAAUGAAUAAUGAUAAGAAUGAAUUACAACCCACUGAAUAAAAUAAGAAUCCCUGAGUCCAUACAGAUAUAAUAUAAUGAGUAUAAAUAAAUACAUGAGGAAAAGAGAAAGCUCUUCUGUAUCGUAAAAUUCAAACUAAUAAAGAGGAAAUUCUGAGGUUAGAAAAUUACAUUUGACCAGCAUCAUAGUAAUAAUUGAUUCAGGCAAGAAUCACCAAUAGAUCCUGAAAUUAGUGGGUGAAAACUCUGACAAAAAACUGGAUAUGUAUAUAGUCUAAAGGUAACUCCCCACAAAGUACCUUUUUUUUUUUUUGAGAGAGAGAGAGAGACAGGGUCUCACUCCUGUUGGCCAGGCUGGCAUGCAAUGUGGCACAAUCACAGCUCAUUACAGCCUCAAACUCCUGGUGGGCCCAAAUGGUCCUCCCACCUCAGCCUCCAGAGUAGCUGGAACCACAGGUGCAUGCUACCAUGCCUGGCUAAUAUAUACAUAUACAUAUAUAUGAUAUAUAUAAUCAUAUAUAUAUUAUAUAUAUCAUAUCAUAUAUGUAUAUAUAUGAGACUUAUCAUACCAUAUAUGUAUAUAUGAGAGACAUAUAUAUAUAUAUAUAUAUAUAUAUAUAUAUAUGAAUGACUGGGUCUCACUAUGUUGCCCAGGCUGCUCACAAAAUAUUUAUUAAAUAGCAACGGAAAAAUAGUAACUUAACAGUGCUAGACCACAUCUUAACCCAUGAUCCAAAUUAGUAUAACUAGUAAUAGGACAAAUAGACAUCAUGUACCUCCUGAGAUGAUGCACCAAGAAGGACACAACUUCACUUCUGUGAUAAUCCUGCAAAAAUCAAUAACCUGCAUUUAAUCAUGAGGACACAUCAGACAAACCCAAACUAAAGAAUAUUUAUUUAUGUAUUUAUUUAUUUAUUUGAGACACAGUCUC